AUGGAUGAACAAAGUGUUGAGGUUUGUGACACACCUGUCAGGUCAUACAACUGAAGAUCUUCACCCCAUAUAGAAAUGUUUACCGCUAAAACUUCCAGCUGAGCUUUAGACAGCUUGUAGACUCGAGUUUAUCAUAUGUCCAGAACAGUCUGUUAGACAGUUCAUUUCAGCAGGUAAAUAGUCUUUAUGAUUGAGAUCUGUGCAGGCUAUUCAGGCUGGGGCAAAGAUUUGCUUGAUAAUUGCACUGCACUUGUAGGUGUAGCCUACUUAAACUCAAAACCCUUUAAGAAGACAUCUCUUUUGUCUCUGUACAGAGCAUAGCGGAGGUGUUUCGCUGCUUCAUCUGCAUGGAAAAACUGAGGGAUGCUCGUCUCUGCCCGCACUGCUCCAAACUCUGCUGCUUCAGCUGCAUAAGAGUAAGUCUAAAUCCACUAAGCAGAGACCAGAAAAUGCUUUGUAUCGACACUCUGUUCGGAAAAUUUUAGUAUCAGACAUGAUCAAAAACAUAGAUAUUCGAUAAAUAUUAUUGAUGAGUUUUUGGGAAAGAGUAAAGGCACGGGCUCAAUUUUAUACCCUAUACAUGAUACAAAAGUCCAAACAAAAGGUUAACUUUUCAGGGCUAGAGAACUCUUAUAACAUCAAUGGCUGUAUCCUAAAAAGAACUGUUUAUGAACACUUGUGACACUUUUUGUCUUUAGUUGCUAUCAUCACUAAACUCUAAUCUCCUGUAUAACAGCGAUGGUUGACAGAGCAGAGAGCUCAGUGUCCACACUGUCGGUAAGUACUGCUCACAUACUGCAACAUCUACAGCCCACUGUGGUAUCUGUCUGUGUUCAAAGUGUUGAGCUGAAAAAAAAAGACUGAUGACUGUUAUUUUUAGAAAUGUAUUUAUAAUUUUUUUAAUCGCUCAAAGGUUUGAGGCUUAAAAAAGGUAUCACUGUAAGUCUGGGUGUCCUUACCAACCUUUUAUAACUCAGGGCCCCACUCCAGCUGAGGGAGCUGGUCAACUGUCGCUGGGCAGAGGAGGUCACCCAGCAGCUGGACACCCUGCAGCUCUGCAGCCUCACCAAACAAGAGGACAACGACAAGGAUAAGUAAGCCCUGCUUACCACUCUCUCUGACGCUCUCUUCACUGAUGCGUCUUUUGGUAUUAAAGGGAGUUUGACGCCUUCAUCACAUAUCACACUCUUCUUUUCAAUAUUUUAAGAAGCCUUUAUUUAGCGGUUGGUUUUUGUGGUUGUAAAAAACUAAUAGUUUUCAACCAAACUAUCUCUGAGAUAAAACAUCAUAUUGAUAACAGUCUCUUCAUCCUGAAGUAAAGACAGCUCUGAUAGAGUUUAAGACUCCGGCUGAGUUUAGUCAACACAAUUAAAAAAGUACUUUGAUGGAUUUUUGUCAAAAUAGUUCACUUGUCUGGUCCCAAAGAAGCACAGAAAGUGAUUAUUAAACGUCUGAAGAUGUAAGUGACUAACACUUUUGGGCCAUCUAUCUCUAAAAUGUUUCAAUUUGAAAAAGCUCUUUAGUUACAUGUAAAUGCUUUUCAAACCACAUUAGAUGGAACAAUGUACAACAAAAUAAAACUCAACCCAGAAUUUGUGAAGAGGGAGGAAACGAUGAAAAGAAACCCUACAGUGUUGAGUUACCCUUAGUCUUAACUCUUUAUGGGAUUGUUUGUUUGCAGAUGUGAGAACCAUCAUGAGAAGCUGAGUGUGUUCUGUUGGACCUGUAAGAAGUGCAUCUGUCACCAGUGUGCUCUGUGGGGAGGAAUGGUAAUUUUUCACCUUUUUCAUUUGUUAGGUAACCAACACUCCUCCUCCUCCGCAAAACGUCUUAAAUGAUCCAAAUCUUCAUUGAAAGGGAAACCGAACUUGUUUGAGGUUCUUGAAGUUGCCCCUCUAACAAAGAAUUGGAUAACCAUGACCUGGAUGAAUGAGAACCUCCACGCACCAUCUAAAUGAUUAAUUUCAGUCGUGUAUUCACACUAUAAAGCAUUUGUUUGUGGUUUUGUUGUGUCCAGCACGGCGGCCACACCUUCAAACCUUUGGUGGAGAUCUACGAGCAGCAUGUGACCAAAGUGAAGGAGGAGGUUGCGAAGCUCCGCCGCCGUCUCAUGGAGCUAAUCAGUCUGGUGCAGGAAGUGGUGAGGACUGCUUGUAAUCAUAUUCUGGUCAAGUCAUUUUGCCUCAACUUUCUAGAACACUGAGAAACUCAAUGAACACAUUUUACAAAUCACUAGAUUUAAGCAUGAGAAUAUAUAACUGGUAAAUUGGUAAAACUUAAGAGAUGGUACUGACAUAUUCCUGACUUCCACUAGAUGGCACUAACACACUGAUAUUUUCCUCUUGGCCAUGGCCGUGUAAUUUAAAGAUUUUAGCGUGGGAAAAGGAGCUCGGUGGUCAGCUUGUUUGUGCUUUUUUUGUGUGUUGUGUCUCUGGUCAGGAGAGAAAUGUGGAGGCUGUCAGGGGAGCGAAGGACGAGAGGGUCAGAGAGAUCCGUAACGCCGUGGAAAUGAUGAUCGCUCGUCUAGACAACCAGCUGAAGAACAAACUCAUCACUCUCAUGGGUAAAGACUUCACUGUCACAUUGUAGCUCUGCUGCUUCUGAGUUUAUGAGAUACUUUAAAAAGCUGGAAAUGCUUCACAUGAGAGGAUGAAUCACCUUUGAGCAAGUUGUUUGUUGAUGGUUAAAAUCCCGAAUUUAUAGACAGCAUGGCUACUGUUGAUUUCAAAUCCAGUCUUAUCAUUUAGGGACAAACAAAUAUAAAAUAAUCAAAUUAGUUUACAACAAAUAAUUAACCCAUACUUUUAUCAGGAAACCCUUAAGUCCUUUGAGAAAUAUCUGUCUUUGCAUUUAAGUGAUUGCAAUCUGUGUUUUUCUCAUCAGUAAUAUAACUGAGUGUCAAAGUCUUGGAUGUAAACUGAUAAUGUCAGGUCUACUUACACUUCGUGACACUUUUGACACAGCAGUCUUAAAACUCUAGAUAGGGGCAGCGUAAUAAAUAGAGAGAUGUUUGAUAUAAAUCUGUUUAACACAUAAUAACCACCUCACUAUUUUCUCUUGGUUCAGUAUCAUCUCCUGUGCCUGGAAAAAAAUACAAACUCGGUUUACUUGACCUGAAAAUACAGCAGAGGAGACAUUUGCAAAGUUAUAAGUAUUUGAGCCAAUAAAGGUCCUUAAAUCAUGAAUCUAUACUGAGACUAACUUCAUGGAUGAUUGACUUCAUAUAAGUAAGCAGGAGCUAAAUUUAAAUAGUACUAAUUUGAUGAGGGCUGUAAUGGCAUAGAUGCAUCAUGAAAGUGGUGCAGAGCAGAUUAAACUGUAUGGAGCCAGUCUAAUCCUGUACAAAAUCUCCAACAGUAUGUCUAAUUAAUAAAAAAAAAAUCUCAUUCCUCUAACAGCUUGACAAAGCCAGCUGUGUUAUGUAACUCGUGUCUGAAAAGAGCUCUCGUCGGUGCACCUCGAAAUGCUCUAUAACGUGUCCAGAGGUUGAGACCUCAGUCUAACAAAAUAUGCAUCGCCUCUGAGCGUCGUCAGAUAAACCUUUUAUAGCUGCUGGUAAUACACACAUGAAAUAUUUAUCAGGGCUGAGUGGAUGCACUCACACACUGCCCACAUACACAACCUGCACACCCCGACCACUCACACUCUCCAGCCUCCAUCAGCGCCGACAUUCAGCGCAGGUGCACUGAAAAUAGAAAUGCUCUCUUCUCCACCAGGCCAGAAGACGUCCUUGACCCAGGAGACAGAGCUGCUGGAGUCUCUACUGCAGGAGGUGGAGCAUCAGGUUGGUCCUCCACAGCCGCUCAGAGCCUCUAUCCAUUUAGCUGUGAACUGCCGUCCUGUUGGUGCUGUAAAUGGUGGCAGCUGAUGCUUCUAUGUAACACAUUUUGAGGCUUUUAAGUAUUUGAGUGUAUUUUUAACCAAGUGUUGCGUUUUGGUAUAACAGGAACAGAUUCAAGUAAACUUAAAGGGGCAUUUUCACCACCAAAUGAGUAUUAGUCACAUGUCUGUGGACUGUUAUUGUGAGGUGCUAAUAGAAUAUAUCAGAGUGGAUGAGUUUCACACCUUUUUCCGCUCAAGAAUGUCACCAUUAUUUAGAUUUUAACCACGUUUUCACCACAUUUUGAUGUCUAUUUGUUUGUGUAUCGAACAGCUUCACUCCUGCAGCAAAAGUGAACUGAUCUCCAAGAGUCCAGAGAUCCUGCUCAUGUUUCAGCAAGUCCACAGAAAACCCAUGCAGUCCUUCGUUACCACACCAGUCCCUCCAGAUUUCACCAGGUACUCUUUCCAGCCACAGGGGAAGUUAAUCUAGUUCUCUUGAGUAUCACAAAAUGUCCUUGCUUGGCCUUCCUUUAAUUUGUAUUAUCACAAAUAACUAGUCUUUCAGUAUAACCGUCUUUUUGGAUGACAGAAAAGGUCCAAACAUGGUCAAAAGUUUAGCAAACCUGACGCUGUCAAAGUUCAGAAGAGAGAGAGAGGCAUUUAAAAAGCUGAAAAACAGAGAACUUGUGGAAUAUUUUCCCAACAGCUGGAAAAAACUGAUACCAAAAUGUGUUAAGUCAGUUUAUCAAAUGAAUCUGUCAACACAUAAUUUGUGCCCAAACUUUCAAGUUUCAGAGUCUUUCUAUCAUAUUUGCUUGGUUUCUGAACAGUGAAUAGUAGUUUCAGGUAGUAAGUGAAGGAAUUAGAGAGGCUGUUUUUAUAAUCUGUAUCAAAGGCAACCUGCAUGAAGAUUUUAAGAUGAUAUAAACAAACAAAACUCUUGACAUGACUCUUUUCUUUGUCCUUUCAGUGAGCUUGUUCCAGCCUACGACUCCAGCACUUUUGCUCUGGUCAACUUCAGGUAAUCAUACUUUGGUUUCAUUCAGCCACAGUCUCUGCAGCCAGCUUUAAAAAGGUUCCAAGUGACAGUUUUAUAAGCUGUGUGCAAGAAGAUAAAGAUUUUUUUCUUUUUGUUAGUUCCCCUUGGACCUCAAAUCAAGAGUAUUUUUGUCUUUAGCUAUUGUAAUCGAGCCAGACCAAAGAAAGCCAUUAGAAUCCCACUAAACUGAGCCCAGGAUGCUGCAGUAAGACAAUAACUGGCACGGAUAUAAUGUUCUCAUAAAAUGUUGCUCAGUUUGAUGAAAUUCUGCUACAUUUAUCUCUCAUCAUUUGCCACACGGAGAAGCCAGAAAGAGCUGUAAUCAAUUUAGCUCUUACAACACAAAAAAUCCCAGUUUGAACACUUGUUAGUGUGUAUUUAAGAUGAUGAAAGUCCAUCAUUGUAAGUGAAAAUAAAUGAGAGAAGGGAAACUGUGGGGUUUGAGUGCUUUAGAAGCACAUCUGCCCUCCUGUAUAUGUGUUUCAAGGAUUUCUUUUCACUCCUGAAAGUUGAGCCUUGAUCCUUAAGUGUCCUCAUGAUGCCCUGAAAGUUAAUGCAGUGAACCAGUUAAGUGAAGGAUGUUCACAGCUGCUGCUGCUGCUGCUUUGUUGAAAAUAACUGAUAAUCAGAGGUGUAACUGUGUUUUUGUGUGUGUGUGUUUGUAGCACCCUGAGGCAGCGGGCCGACCCAGUUUACAGCCCUCCUCUACAGAUAUCUGGGCUCUGCUGGAGACUGAAAGUUUACCCAGUGAGUUUCAUUCUUACCUGUGUUUUCUGUCAAAACUUACCUAAAGUAUUUGUCGUACAGUACAUUUCUAUUGGUUUUUAUGCAGUUUUUACAGUGACGUUCGUUUGGUGAUAUAAUUUAGAAAAGAUUAGAAACACUGCCUCUCUCUUCAGUUGAAGUAGAAAACUUGACAAACCAGUCCUCAUGUCACGAUGUUGAUAACGUGAUGUUUCCUCCUCAGGAUGGGAAUGGCGUGGUCCGUGGAAACUACCUGUCUGUCUUCUUGGAGCUGUCUGCAGGACUCCCUGAAACCUCCAAGUAUGUUUUUUCAUGGACAUCCUUUCUUCUUCCUCUGGAGCUUCUGUAGUAAUAUGAAACGAUGGCUUUGUUAUAACCUUUAGAUGUAUAAAGUCAGAGAGAUAAUAUCAUAAAUUCUUAUUGAAUGAACUGUGACAAGUGAUCUUGACAGUAAUCAUCAUUGCUGAAAAUUCUAGAAUAAAAUACAUUUUUGAUAUCCUAAUAAAUGUGGGAUGACAAGAAGCUGAUUGGUUGAAUCUGUUGAACAUUAUAGCUGAGUUUUUCAUAGCUUGUAUUUUUUCUAUCCCUGGAUACUGACUGCUCUCCACACUUCCUGUGAUCUUUUGUCUUAGAUAUGAGUACCGUGUGGAGAUGGUCCAUCAGGUCUCCAGUGACCCGACCAAGAACAUCAUUCGGGAGUUUGCCUCUGACUUUGAGGUCGGUGAAUGUUGGGGCUACAACCGUUUCUUCCGACUGGACCUUCUGGCCAGUGAGGGAUACCUGAACAUGCAGACGGACACACUGGUCCUCCGGUGGGCUUACACACAGACACACAGACAAGCACCAUCAUCCCUCAAAAGAACAAACACCAUUGUUACACCUACAUCCCUCUGAUAUUAUAGAAACAAGCAGCAGAACGACGACGUUGCCUGAGGCUAACAGACUUUAUUUUGAUUUUUAUGUGUGUUCUGCACAGCUACCAGGUUCGCUCCCCGACCUUCUUCCAGAAAUGCAGAGAUCAGUACUGGUACAUCAGCCAGCUGGAGUCGGCCCAGAGCGGCUACAUCCAGCAGAUCAACAACCUCAAAGAGGUACAGGCUGCAUUUUUGAUUCUUGUUUCAGCUCAUUUAAGUUUAUGUGAUGUAAAGUAUGAAGUUUUGUAUUGACAUUUUGGCGCUAUUCAACACCAAGUUGAUACAAAGCCCUAUUUUUUGUCUAUUAUAGUAGCUUUCUUUAUAAAAAUACAUAAGAAGAUGUAAAAACAAUAAAAAUGUAAUUUCUUUGAACUGGUGAAAUUUUCUGACUUCAGAGGUUGGCGAUCGAGCUAUUUCGCCGUCAGACGUCACGCAGCUCUUCACCUCCUGACAUGAGACUCAAUGCCAGCACUACGACCUCUGAGAGAGACCCUCGAUCUGUGAAGAGUGACGAUGACAUCCAGACGACUCUGAGCAACACUAAAAAAGGAGGAGGAGGAGAAGAAGAAGAGAGGACUCAGCACGAUGACUCUAAUGUAAGAAGGAAACUGAGAUAGCAGAAUUAUGCGUCAUAUCAGUCAUACAGUUAAGGUGUUCAUGAAUAACCGACUCAGUAAGUUAGAAACGUAAAAUCUCCUUUCACUAGUUUCAUGUUCUGGCUCAGCCACCUCAAGGCUAUUCUAAUAACCAGCUGUGAUUUUUGAUGCGUUAAAGCUGCACAGAUUGUGGUAAAAGUAUGUUUUCACCACUAACUGGGAGAUAAACACAGAUUUGUUUUACUUAAAUCAGAAGAAUGAGGAUAUUUGCGCCUCAGUCCUGACUUUCAUGUCAUCUUGCAGGAGCUUUCUGAUGGUGACCUGGAGGUGGACUGCCUGACUGAAGAGGAGGUGAACCCGCUGGACGGCAGCAGCACCUCAGGGAGCUCCACAGCUACCAGCAACACCGAGGAGAAUGACAUCGAUGAGGAGACCAUGUGAGUAGAAAUGAUCUCUCUGUUUUGAUUUAACUCACUCUUGAAGUGACUGUUUUUUUGUGAAGAUGUAUUAUACCGAUGACUCAGAGUGACAGUAACACAAAGAGGGACACUCGAGGCUGUUUUUGUUAAAAUAUCAAACUCAAUAAAAGGAGCUUCUCUCCUGAAUACAUUCUUGAUUGCUCAUGUUUGUGUGUGUCUGCGCAGGUCUGGAGAAAAUGAUGUAGACUUUAUCGGGAACCUGGAGACAGAGGAAGGGGAGCUUCCUGAUGACUUGGCUGGAGCCGCAGGUAUGAUUCACACGCUCCAUCUGAAGGUUUUUCAAUAGUUAAUUACAAUUUUAGAUUCUGCAGUUUUCAUCUCUGGUGUGUAGGCAGUAGGUCAGAAGAGAUCCGACUUCCUGUUAGUUAGCAGAUGCUGUAUCUCAAAAACUUUUCAGCAGAGCUCAGUAAAUGUGGUCGAGUAUUUGUCUGCUCAAAUUACAUAAAGCCUGCUUCAUGUACAUUUUAUUAACAAUGCAAGUCCCCAGGAGUCCGUGCAGGUCGUGACAUGUCUUUAUAAUCUGUGCGUUUCUACUGCAGCGUCAUCUGCUGGUUUCUUUACUGCUCAUGAGAAGCCUCCGCUUUGGUAAUAGCCUGCUGCCAUCCUGGUUUUCUGCAGCCAGAAGGUGCUGUAUUGGCUGUAUUCAUGUCUAGCAGACAGCCGGCAGCAUCUUUCAAGAUGGAAGGCUGUUGAUUAGUCACAACUACACAUGGGCCAAGGUGUCCUUCUAUGCGUAAGACUGGUCUGUGCUUUGUGUAUGGUAUCAUUUUCAGUGUUUUUGUCCUCCAUAAUGUAGAGGUAAUUUCAUGUGAUACCUCUGACACCACCAUAUAAACCCAUCUUAGCUGAGUCGCAUUUGUAAAAGAGGUUUACAUUUCUGAUUUGCAGUCAACACUGAAGUAAAAAUAGACAAAUCUUCUAAAAUUAACUUAAACAUCAAAAGUUUUUUUCCUCAUGUGACCAUUUUUUUUCUUUUGUCUCUCAUUUUCAUUUUGUAUUUUAUCGCAUCGGUCCUCAUUUGAAACCUGCAUUUCUCUGUCAUUCUUGGCUUUUAUUUUGUGGGUAUGGGGGGUUAGACUGUUUAUUCUUUGCUGCCAGACUACACAGAGUUCACACCAUACUGUCCAUAUGCCAAUCUUUUUGGUGGAGAAACUUGACAUUUAUGUGUAUUUUUCUUUCAACUGUUUAAAGAGAUUAUGCCCCAAAACUGUAAGAAGGACUUGAACUGAAGGUUGUGUUCACAACCAGAUUAAUGUAUUUCAUUUAAUGAUAGUUUUCUUGUUUAAUCUGGUCUACAAAACCAGCCAGUAGAAAUUAGUUUUCAGAUUCCCGGAUCUUUAAAGGAUGUCUUUGGGGUCGGCAGCACAUUCUAAAGAUUCCCAACAUUUGUGUUUCAGUAACCAUCAAAUAUUUUGUCCUUCCUCAGAUCAAGUUCACUCUCUUUUCAGUCCAGGCAAACAAAAGCCUUAUCCACUAUUUGAGAAUUUUACAGAAUCAGAUCUGCUUUUGUUGUUUGGCAGCAGCACAAGCAGAACAUAGUGAUACAAUGGUGGGCCUCAAAGCGGCUCCUUCUGUGUAUUUGACUGUGUUGGUGUUGAAAGGUAUGAAGAGGCUGAGUCAUUGUUGGUGCCAGUGCUGAUAUAGAAACACUCAGUGUCUGUGUGUGUACACGUGUGGGGGAUGUGUGUGUUCUCUCUUAGAUGUCAGAGUCGAGCAGAGUCAGAGUUGCUGCACUUUCUGUAGGUCCCACAGUGUCCUGAUUUUUUUCAUGAUGACCUUUUCCUUUGAUGCUGUUAAAACAAUGAAGUUUAGCCUUGCAGUGCUAGCUGAAACUUUCCGACUCAAAUCAGUUUUACAGUCUGAAAAAUGGCAGAAUGGCAGAAAUAAAAAAUAUGGGUGCACACAAUGAAUUUUGUUUAAUAACCUUUAAUGGGAUCAGAAAAUGUGCAUCCAUGUACAGUGUAACAAUAACAUUUAAAAACCCACAGAAUGAAAUAAAUCUGGACCUGUAUUCAAUAGUUUUUUUACAAUGUUUGAUUCCUAAAAAGAAAUCAGGUCAUUGAGUCUAAAGAGUUACCAUGAAUUUGCUAAAAAUGAACCACUGAAUAAAAAUGGGGAGUUUUAGUUUCUUUACUUUAAACCCCCAGUAUUUGCAAGUGGAACCUAAGUCUAUUCAUUUGCAUUCAUUUAAGUCAAAUAAUUACCCACUGAGCAAAUUUUGGUCUAAAAGAGGUUUAAUAGACGUCUAAAUGUAGCCUAGAAAACUGGUCUAAAAUCAGGCUACCACAGGUCUAAAAAUGAAAGUUUUUUAGACAUCUAAAUUUAGACCAAGUUUAGUCUAACCAGCAAACAGAGCUAUAUCUAUACUACAGUGUAUAUCAUAAUUAUUUUGGUUAAGUACUUGGAGAUCAGUAAUGCAACUCACAGUUGCUUUUUGAAAUAAAUAGUUAUCGAAUAAUGGGUUAAAGUGCAACGUCUAAAUUUAAUCUAAAAAUGUACAGAAUCCCGACGUUUGAAAUUAGGUCUAAAAAAGAAACUAGGCCUCUAAUAGCCGUCUUUUGCUCAGUGGGUAGUAGAAGUCGGUUUAAGAGGAUCAGGAGCAAAAACAGUGAAGGUUUGACUAACAGAAGUUACAGAAAAAUAAAUUUCAUUAAAAAUGUCAACACCGUUUUGAUCUUCGUCCUUUUAAAGACAUAACCCACUGAGCAUUUUUUGGUCUAAAAGAGGUCUAAUAGACAUCUAAAUGUAGUCUAGACGACUGGUCUAACAUCAGGCUACCACAGGUCUAAUAAUGAAAGUUUUUUAGACGUAUAAAUUUAGACCAAGUUUAGACUAAAUCUAAAUCUGGGCUAUUUCUAUACUACACUGUCUAUUGCUCAACGGCUAUCAUAAUUAAAUUAGGUCUAAAAAAGAAACUAGGCCUCUAAUAGCCGUUUAUUGCUUGGUGGGCAGUUAGCUAACUUUUGGGUCAAAGCCAUAAUUACCUGUUGUUAAGAGAAGGAGAACUCAUGUUUUGUCCUGACCUGCAGGUGGAUCCAGCUCCAGCAUGCGUUCCUUACAUCGCGGUUCAUCCGCCGGUCGCAGUGGCAGCAGUAGCGGAGCUGCUGGCGGUGCUGGUGGUCCAGGCAAUAACAGCCUUCUGGAAAUAGACCCCGUCAUCCUGAUCCAGCUGCUGGAUCUGAAGGAGCGCAGCAGCGUGGAGUCUCUGUGGGGCCUUCAGCCUCGGCCUCCUGUAUCUCUGCUGCACAGCCAAGGUCUGUAAACAGACUCUGCCAACUGACAACAAAUCAUUGAGGCUAAGCUGAGGAUCAAUAUUUAAUUCACACCCAGGGUCCCUCGACACAUAAAUAAACUUUUAGAGGGAAACUUUGACAUGAGCUCUCUGCCUCUUACUCUUGAGAGAAAAUUCUGUCCUUACAAUUUUUGUUUUGGUGACAGAGAGCGCAUUAAAUAUUAGAGUUUUCUAUGAAAUAAGACAUCUUUUAUGUAAAAAUGUGGCAGAAGCCUAAUUUGAGUUGGAUAAUCCUGUUAUCACAAGUCUUUUUUUAGCUGUUUGUUAGGAAAGGCUAUAUUGAAGACAUGAAAAAUCAUCCAAAUUUACUUCUAUAAAGGCAUCUCCAUCAGAAAUAUUUAUUUUCUGCAUCGUUUACUUUUAGUCCUUAAAUUCUUGUCCAUGUUUUCUUUUACAGCUCAUCCUCACUCCAGGAAAGAUCGGGAGCGCCGGCCUCAGGUCGUGCGGCGAUCAGCUCCAGACUCUGGGGUCCUGAUCCGUCUCAAGGCCCAGAUGGCUGAGGUCCGCAGUAAGAUGUCCGAUGUCAAAAGUCAAGUACUGGAGGCUCGAGGGUCCGGAGAGCCCAGGCCUGGCCCGUCAGGAGGGUUCAGCGUGGAGGAUGUUCCCUCCCACCACACUGACCCAGAGUUGUCAGUUUGUCGUAAACCAGGGGAGCUGGAUCUGCUGGGGAGAGGAGCUGCAGCUCGAUCAAGGCCCUGCCGCCCUGGUGAGGACUGCUGCUGAUAUUGUCAAAUUCCUUUACAGACAGAGUGCCAAGAGUGUGCGAGUGUGACUCAGAGAAGUUAACGAAAACACAGAAAGUGUGAAUUAAGAAUCUUGUCUUGGUCCUCAACUUUUCACUUCUACUGCUCUAACCAUCAGGACAUAAUUCACUGCAGCAGAUCAAAGUUCAAACCUCUCUGUAAUCAUUUCUACCGAUAGAUCAUGUCCUUGUCUGCUGCCACUCUGAAGUGUCAGUGGGUGUUUUCCAGCCUCCAUUAACAAAGUGCAAAAUGAUUGGCCUUGCAUUAUUCUGGAUGCCAGGAUAGAGGAGUUAUUUAUUUUUCUGAACCUUCUCUAAGAAUGAAUUGAAUUUGGCAUGGCCUCGACUGGAGUAACAUGUUCAUCUGUUUUUUGUUUACAUGCAGCCAGGAAAUCUCUGUCCCCCGUUCUGGACAGUAGCGGCUCUGUGGUGAUGAAGAGGAGGAGUCCUGAGGAGAUGGAGAAGGACCUGCGAGGUGCAGACUUGGCUACAGAGCUCAACCUGCAUCUGAAGGAUGGGCUUGGAGGUGUUGAAGGUUGGUAGUUUUCUUAUUUAAAUCCCUGGUAAACAUGGACAUAAUAUCAUCAUGCAGAUUUCUGAGGGUGGGCUGCAGAAACAUCAAUGUUUGUUUUCGAUUCAGUCGCAUAUUUUACAACAGUCAUUUUUUCGAUGCAUGAUGAUUCACUUCACUGCAGUGAUUUCCUUAUUUACUGGAUAUUUCCAAACAAAGAAUUCUACAAUAAGCUGAAAAAUAAAGAAAACGACAAAAUAAAGUCAAAAUUAAAACAUAUUAACAACAGAGAUAAAAAGCUAACUGUUUAUUUUACUGGCAUGUCAGAUCACCCAUUAACAUCUCUAAACUUUCAAAGAUCAACGCUGCAUAGUGGGAAAAAAAUCUUUUUUUAAGCUGUGAAAAUGACUGAGUGUUCUGAACAUGAUCAUCGACACGAAGAAUCUUUCAGUAUCUCAUGUUGGAGUCCAAAUGGUCUUUACUUCUCUUCGCUCUACUUUCCUUUGUGCUCUUCCUCUGUGACUCAAAAUAGUUCCUGGAGCUCUAGUGGCUGAACUGUUAAUCUGUGGGCUGUUUGAGCACUACAUCCUCCUACACACCACAAAGUGUGUCAAUAUUUCAACCAGUGUUUACAUCCCAGUUCCAGACAUCAACUGUCCCAGUAAAUAAACUCUAAAUAUUGAGAUUUUACAGCAGGGUGUGUUUCAGUCUGGCAGUUCACGUCACUUUAUGCUCCAUUUUACACCUGUUUUUAAGUUGUUUAAAGUCUUUUCUUACCCUGUCAUUGCUUACAGCUAUUUUCCUUGAAUAAAGUAUUUUCACUUCUUUUAUUUCUUGGAAUAUUGCAACAGAAAUUCAGAUUUUUGUCAGUGAUUUUUGUUUCCGAUUCACUCUAACUCCUCUAAUUUUCACAAACUGUUUGCAGCCAAAAGAAAAAUCAACACUGUGCAGAAAAACCUCUGAAACAUUUAUGAAAUCAAAUGGUAAUUUUAUUCAACUCUUUGCCUCGGAUGCCACAUGGAAAUGGCAUUCCGCCUACUCAAGUGGGAAGUUUUAUCUAUUGAGGCUCUGUGUCAAAAUCCAGGCAAUUUUUAAUCUUUUGAUUUAGGAUUGAGUUAACAGUAUCUGACAUGUCUCCAACAGUGGAUUAUACUAGUGUGGAUAUUCGUGGUUUUUAGACGAUGAAUCUUUUUGGAAAUACAAGCUUUUGAAUUAUCCAGAAACAUCCUCCAAAACUGAACAGUAAAGCGAUGCCUGAAGCACUCCAAUAGGUCUGCUGACAUGAAACUUAUGGACACCUCUGUGCAGAAUGAACCUGCGUGUUCUGAUAUUCUCACUUUUAGUUUUAUAAACAAUGUUACAAUUCCAAAUCUAUCCAGUUUGCAGAUUUCCAUCAAAUUUUGUGACUUAGCCAUCAUCAUCAUCACCGCUAACAGCCAUUACUGAUAUCUCUAAAGUGGGAAACUUGUUCAGGUUAGUUUGCAGAGUGUGUCUGACAUUAGCAGAGCUAGCAUCACCAGUCUUUGGUCCUUCGUUUAGGUUCGAGAUGCCAUCUGUGUUUGUUGACAUCCCAGUAGAGCAUGAUAACGUUGCAGCGGCAACUGGCAGCUUCUGUUAGUGGAGCUGCUGCCACAACACAACAUUUUCUAAUGCACUGUAGUUUUCUUACUUUUCUUUGGCUGGAUCCAAAUCAAAACAAAUGAAGACCCAGGAUUUUCCACUGUAUGACUUUGCACCUGUCUCACCUUCAGGCAUGCCAAAGGCUGACGGUACCCAGAGCCCCCUUGUGUCUUUGGGCGGCUCCUCCUCAGAGCAGGCCUCCACCUCCAAGCAGCAGUACUCAGUGGAGCAGCAGCAUUACAGGGCCUCGGGGUCCAGGGAUGACAUCUUCUCCUUGGGAGGACAGAGCUAUGUGACUGCCAGCAAGAGCUGUGGCAGCAGGACCCUCGGGUGCGUCGCAGGGACUCGCUUCUUUUCACACACGGCAGAUGGCUGUGUUACUCAGACUGCUACAGAGAACUCUUCAUCUCCUCUCUCUCUGCCCUGCUGUUCACAGAGACUCUUUGUUUCUUUCUACUGCAGGGCGGCCAUGUUGGACUGUGAACCUGAAAGCUCAGGAAACUCGCAUCAGUCAGUGCUGGAAGGACUUUCUGCGCAGCCACAGUCAAACGAAGGUGAGCUUCUCCUCGAGCUGCCUGUGUCAGGAGUUUAAAGACUGGCCAACUCUAUCAAGUAUAAGAACUCAAACACUUUCAAAUCUAACUCAUGACUACAUUAUAUCUUGUUACUUUUAUUUAUUUAUAAAAUUAGUUAUUUGUACAAGAGGUGCAAAAAUGACAGGGUCCCAUUUUACAGGGUGUUGUGUAAUGGAUUAUUUUUUGGCCUGUAGCUGUUUACAUUUGGAGACUCCACCGGUUCUUUAAAGCCAAGAAAGAGUCUGGCAUAUAUAACCAACGACUGACUGUCAACUUCAGUUUUUAUAAAAGAAGAAAAAACUACAGAAAGUUAGAGUGGGAUUAAAUGAGCUUGAGGAAUGUCAGAAUGCUACACUUGGAUUUGCUGUUAGCUUAAGCAUGUUUGCUAAUUUCUCCAUAUUUAGAUCUUCUGUUGAUUAGUGUAUCUGAGUGUACUAAACGAGUCGGACAAACUACCAAGGACCCCAGUGGAGGAAGGGGCCUGUGAUGGGCCUGAAAUGAGAAUAUUUAUACUCUUGUUAUGCUUUUUAUUUCUGUGUUACCUAACGUAACCCAAACACUUGGAAAUAUGUUUACAUCUUUCCUAAUAUUUUUUUUGUGCCCAUCGACUCCAAAUGGUCUGAAACAUGCUCCUAAAUAGGUCCUGGACAGUGAUUUUAACCGUAACCCCUAACCCUAACCCUAAACAUAAAAAAAAACUGUGUCCGAUCUUACUAUGGAGGGUAGUGGUCCCAGACAAUCCCAUUCACUUAAUUGGAGAUUUUUGAUUUAAAAUUGCCCAUAACUUUUGAACACCACAUCGUAGAGACUUCAUUCCGGUACCAGUGAAGUCGGAGUACAUGAAAUAGGGUGGUUUGGUCUUGGUCACGGAUCUCUAUCUCGUUCCCUUGAGGAUCACUUGUUGGUGAAUGUGGUUAAAACCCAUAGACUGUAUAUAGAAUGGACAGCGUCUGCCUCCUUGCUGGGUGAAGCCACUCCGAAAACAGCACCCUCUAUUGACAGGCUGCAGUAUAGGUCAUAAAUCCCACCUCCACCAGCAAAGCUUAUGGAGCUGUGGACAAACUUGGGAAAAUAAUUACGCAGAAUUUAAAUUUUUCUCCCCCCUGCUUGCAAUGUCGACAUCUAGUUACAGUAAGACUGGUUUGUGCUCAAGUCUUAUUUUUUUCUGUGAAGCUCCGUUUUUAAAAGUUGUUAGGAGGUUCAUGUUUUCUAUGAUUGACACCUGAUCCAGCCUAUUGGCGUUCAGGGAUCGUGUAGCUCACCCAGGGGAUACGCUGUUUGAGCCGAGCGUCAUCACAGCGACUCUCGGUGACUCCCCCGCCAAAUGCGCACAACGCUACUGCGCAAUGUUGAUUUCAGGAAAUGAAGGAAAAUCGUUGAAUUACUGAGAGCUUUUUGGCUUCAAAUCUGUAUACUGUCGUGAGGCGGAACCAAGUUGUCCAUAGUAUCUACAGUCUAUGUUAAAACCCCUAUACUAAACGUAACUCGAACACAAAUUAUUUUUUGUUCCUAUCGACUCCAAAUGGUCUCCUAAAUAGGUUCUGGACAGUGAUUUUAACCCAAUAAGUCUUAUGGUCUCAUCCUGUCUUUAGAUCCAUCACCGUCUGUCCUUGUGGAAGCAACCAGCAGCGACAGCGACACUGAGGACGAGGCCCUGCAGAGCAACAACUCACGCUACGACAACCAGACUCCUCCCUGCACAGGUAUCCAGCAUGUACUAUGUCCAUGUACUAUGUCCAUCAGACCACAUUUAUCGCAGAGCGUCUUUUUACGCCGAGGUCGUCAGAAUUAAAGACUCAAAUCUUUGUCACUGCUGCUUUUACAGAUUUCACAAGCAAUCAGAAUGAGGUUUUAAAAUGAAACAAAAUAAAAUGGUAAGCUGGUGUAAUGCAGCCAUAAAAAACAUUUCCCAGAAUUUGUCCUCUUAUUUCCCUCAGUGUGGUCCACACCUGACCCCUUUUCCUCCUCUCUGAGAAUAUUUACUGUACAAAAGGACCGCUGAAGAUUUUUAAGUACCUAGCUUGAUGAAAGAGUGCAGCAGAAAGGCGGAGCUGAUGACAUUUCUGUCAUCCUGAUGAAUACGAAAACAUGCAGCCAUAGACACACCAAAUUUGUUCUUGAUUAUACUUGUCCCAUCACCACCGUGUGGGUGUGGAGGAGUGAGAGAAAGCAAGGUACGAAGAUGGAUAUUUUUGGUCUUUUUUUCUUGUCAGCUCUGUAGACUAAAAUCCAGUCAGAACAAAUUCCAAAACAACCAUUUCUCAAGAACAGAGACAUUUCAAGGUCAGACUGUCUGAUUUGUAUGACUAGACAGUCUGAGGCUUCACUCACAUCAAGAUUGCCGUGCCCUUUCUGAGUAAUUUCACAGCAGAUUUUGUGAAACUGUGAUUUAGCAAGGUACACAGGAUGUAAUCGCUUUCUAUCACGGCACCUUAUUUUCUUUUUUGUUCCACCACGUUAAUCUGACAUGCCUUAAAACCAUCCAGUUUGUCACAAAUGCUUUUUGCCGUGACACAAACAUGUGUCCUCCUACACUGUUACUUUACGAUGAAAGCAUAUAUCAGAGUCAGCUUUCAAAAAGAUGCAGAGUAUUUUCACCUAGCAGAGUCAGAUCAUCUUUAUUAGGGCCUGACCGAUAUGGAUUUUUGGGGGCCGAUGCAAUACCAAUUAUUAGGGAGGAAAAAAAUACGAUUACGAUUAAUCGGCCGAUUGUUUAAAAUUUUUUAUGAAGUUUUAAAAUGUUAAUUUAAGUAAUAUAUCAACAUAGUAAGAGAAGUAGCUCGAUCACGUCAUGUGUACUGUUGUUUAUUCUAGUGUUACUGGCACGGCUAACAGUGUAGCAAGGCUAAUAGCAGAUGGCUAACUCUAACUUUAGCUUGCAUAUUACAUGGUUCUUCACCGUUAACUCGGCGUGACCGAGACCAGCACAGCGGGGAACAUGGUGAAGUGGGUUGAACUGAAACUUGUUGACUUAUUGUGUAUUUCACAAACUGGUUUAUUUACCGUUGAGGCGGACCACUCUCCUCCGUGCGUCCCUGAGCUGCCUGCUUCAGAUCCGUCACUCUGCUGUGCUGUGAGGUAGUUAGUGGAUGAAGAUUGUCAUGAGGUCGCUGCGCCAUCUACAGGAUAAGUCGGGGAACCUUUUAAAAUGGCAGAACAUUUUCAAAGUGAAACUGGAUCUUAUUCUCUGCAUUUUAUUUCUGGAAAUAUCGUCGAGUUUUGGCCGAUUACUGAUUAGUCUCAAACGGACUAAAAUUGGCUGAUUUAAUCGUCUCGCCGAUAAAUCAGUCGGGCCCUAAUCUUUAUUGAUCCUAUGUUGGUGUGUCUUCCCAUCCAAUGAUGUGUCUUUGUUUUUUUCUUUGGUCACCUACCCCUAAGGCAAAUUUCUGCCCUGCGCCUUUAUUUAUACGCUCGCCAAAAAUAACGUGCUAUGAGUCAUUUUUUUUGGCUGCCCACUGAGUCCAAACAUAAAAGUGAAAGAGCUCUAGGUUGGGAUCACAGGUUAACCAAAUAUCGAGGAAACUCGCAGAGGAAAAUGCUAAAGCCUGCAUCAGCUGGAGUUAAUGAGUUUGACAUGUAGGAGUUUAUUCAUCCAGGCAAACCCAAAUGACCAAAAAUCUAUUUUUCUGUCGACAACUGCGAGCCAGCAUGUAUGUCAUACUCUGUGUUGGCAUAUGCAGAGAUAUUGUGUUGCAUGAUUGAGAAUUAAGUGUUUAAUAGUGUUCAAAGGUUAUGUUUACCUUUGGGUGAUUUGGUAACAUUUAGAAGCAUUCAGGCGUUCACGUAUUUUGCUCAAAUACUUCGUUUUUUCUCCUUUUUCCAUUGUGAGCUGUGUUGUUGCUGAUGACUGAUUUCUCCUCCUCUCUCUUCAGGAGAGCAGCUUCUGUCUGAUGAUUUGAGCCUGCCAGCUGACAGGUGA